AUGAGAGAGUACAAAGUGGUGGUGCUGGGCUCGGGCGGCGUGGGCAAGUCCGCGCUCACCGUGCAGUUCGUGACGGGCUCCUUCAUCGAGAAGUACGACCCCACCAUCGAGGACUUCUACCGCAAGGAGAUUGAGGUGGACUCGUCGCCGUCGGUGCUGGAGAUCCUGGACACGGCGGGCACGGAGCAGUUCGCGUCCAUGCGGGACCUGUACAUCAAGAACGGCCAGGGCUUCAUCCUCGUCUACAGCCUCGUCAACCAGCAGAGCUUCCAGGACAUCAAGCCCAUGCGGGACCAGAUCAUCCGCGUGAAGCGGUACGAGCGUGUGCCCAUGAUCCUAGUGGGCAACAAGGUGGACCUGGAGGGCGAGCGAGAGGUCUCGUACGGCGAGGGCAAGGCCCUGGCCGAGGAGUGGAGCUGCCCCUUCAUGGAGACGUCGGCCAAAAACAAAGCCUCUGUGGACGAGCUGUUCGCCGAGAUCGUGCGGCAGAUGAACUACGCGGCGCAGCCCAACGGCGACGAGGGCUGCUGCUCGGCCUGCGUGAUCCUCUGAGGCGCCCGCGGCUGCCGCGCGCCGGCCGCGCUCUGCGCACAAAAGCCAAACGCACCCGACUCUAAAUGUGAUUCCUCUUCUUGCUUUGAGAUUGGAGACGACUUUGCAUUGGCCGGGGUGUCCCGGGAGCCCGGCUGGCCUCUACGGCCGGCGUCCCCUGCCUCCGCCCUGUGUCCGAAGGGGUGUCCCGUCCUCACCAUCCGAGACCCGGUGGAAAUGUGGCUCUUGGCAGCAUGUCAUUAGGAUGGGCCUUAACAUAAUUUGACUGGUGUCCUUAUGAAAAGAGGAAAUUAGGACACAGAGGUGUGAAGACACCGAGAGAUGAACCUUGACAAGCCAAGAAGAGAGGUCUCAGAAGAAACCAAUGUUGCAGACCCCUUGAUCUGAGACUUCUAGCCUCUGGAACUAUGAGAAGAGAAAUUUCUGUUGCUUAAGUCACCUAACCCAUGGUACUUUGUUGUGGGAGACUGAGCGAAUUCAUACAAAAUUUUAAGACCAUCUUUAAGAACAAAAAAUAAAAGAUGAGUCACAAUGAGAACUGGGAUUACAAAGUUUAAACAACAUCAUUUCCUUGUUUGUUGCUGUUACCUGCAUAACCAUCCAAUGUGAGAGUCAAAUAAUUUGAAACCCAGAUUUGUGUAAGAAGCAUUGAGGAAGAAUACGAACUUGCUGAAAAUGUACAGUGUAACCCAGUCAAAACACACAUAGAAGUUGAAAUCAGAGAC